GUAAGUGAUGGGAGCCAGUGGGGACUGGGGACAGGAUGUGGGCUCCCACACUACUCACCCACAGCUCACUCACACAGAAGGGUGCGGGUGAGGGGCUGCCUCAGAGACCACCUGACACCGUGUCCUAAAGACAAAGGUGGCAGAGGAGGCAGGUGGCUUGGACCCUGGGCUCUAGAAAAAAGCAGGAUAUUCAGCCUGCUUCCUGGGGCCUCUCUUCAGUGGACAGGAGCCCCCAGAGGCCGCACAAGCCCACCUACGGCUCCAUCACCAGCCUGCCACAUCCGGAACCAGAGCAAGCUUCUCCCCAGCAGACCUACCUAAGUGAGAAGAUCCCCAUCCCGGAUGCAAAACCGGGCACAUUCAGCCUGCGGAAGCUGUGGGCGUUCACAGGGCCUGGCUUCCUCAUGAGCAUCGCUUUUCUGGACCCAGGAAACAUUGAGUCAGAUCUGCAAGCUGGCGCUGUGGCUGGAUUCAAACUGCUUUGGGUGCUGCUCUGGGCCACUGUGCUGGGCUUGCUCUGCCAAAGACUGGCUGCCCGGCUAGGAGUGGUGACAGGCAAGGACUUGGCUGAAGUCUGCCAUCUCUACUACCCCAAGGUGCCCCGUAUCCUCCUCUGGCUGACCAUUGAGCUGGCCAUUGUGGGCUCAGACAUGCAGGAGGUCAUCGGCACAGCUAUCGCACUCAAUCUGCUCUCUGCUGGACGAAUCCCACUCUGGGGAGGGGUCCUAAUCACCAUCGUGGACACCUUCUUCUUCCUCUUCCUGGAUAACUACGGGUUGCGGAAACUGGAAGCUUUUUUUGGAUUCCUUAUUACCAUUAUGGCCUUGACCUUCGGCUACGAGUAUGUGAUGGCGCGUCCCGAGCAGGGGGCGCUUCUUCGGGAUCUGUUCCUGCCCUCUUGCCAGGGCUGCGGCCAGCCCGAGCUGCUGCAGGCCGUGGGCAUUGUCGGCGCCAUCAUCAUGCCUCACAACAUCUACCUGCACUCAGCCCUGGUUAAGUCUCGGGAGAUAAACCGAGCCCACAGGGCGAACAUCCGGGAAGCCAACAUGUACUUCCUGAUCGAGGCCGCCAUCGCCCUGUCUGUGUCCUUUGUCAUCAACCUCUUCGUGGUGGCUGUCUUUGGACAGGCCUUCUAUCAGCAAACCAACCAGGAUGCGUUCAACGUCUGUGCCAAGAGCAGCCUCCGCGACUACGCCAAGAUCUUCCCCAGGGACAACCGCACGGUGUCGGUGGACAUUUACCGAGGAGGCGUGAUCCUGGGCUGCUUGUUUGGCCCCGCGGCUCUGUACAUCUGGGCGGUGGGUCUCCUGGCUGCGGGGCAGAGCUCCACUAUGACCAGCACCUACGCGGGGCAGUUCGUGAUGGAGGGCUUCCUGAAGCUACGGUGGUCUCGCUUCGCCCGGGUCCUUCUCACGCGCUCCUGCGCCAUCCUGCCCACCGUGCUGGUGGCCAUCUUCAGGGACCUGAGGGACCUUUCGGGCCUGAACGACCUGCUCAACGUGCUGCAGAGCCUGCUGCUUCCCUUUGCUGUGCUGCCCAUCCUGACCUUCACCAGCAUGCCGGCUGUCAUGCAGGAGUUCGCUAAUGGCCGGCUAAGCAAGAUGGUCACCUCCUGCAUCAUGGCCCUCAUCUUAGCCAUCAACCUGUACUUCGUGGUCAGCUACCUGCCCAGCCUCCCCCACCCUGCCUACUUUGGUCUGGUGGCUGUGCUGGCUGCAGCCUACUUGGGCCUCACUGCCUACUUGGCCUGGACCUGUUUCCUGGCACUUGGAGCGGCCUCUCUGACCCACAGGUCCCACCAGCACUUCCUGUAUGGGCUCCCUGAAGAAGAGCAGGAGGCUGGAGGGAGCUCUGGGUGAGCCCCCACGCAGGGCCUGGGUAGGAGGUGGCCGGAGGGAAACGGACUGGCUUGCUGACACCCAGGGUAGCAUCCAGACACUUUGGGAGGUUGGCCCACUAGGGUCCCUAGCGACUUGCUGUUUUUCAGUUUAGAUACAUACUUCACCUCUGGGUCUGUCUCAGUGUAAAACCAGGACAACCACCACUUCGACAUCAAUGUAAAGCACUUAACACGGUGCUUAGUACUUGUGGCUUUAAGAAAAAAAUCAUUAAAAAUAUUUAUUGACCACA